UGAAGAAGGAGACAAGAUGAAGAUGUCCUUUGUGAAUGUUUUCCUGCUCUGCUCUUUGUGUGCAGCACAGUUAAGUGAAGUCUCUCAGCCUGAAUCUUUGAAAACAGUGAAGAUUGGCCACUCAGCUACUAUUAAAUGCUUCAUAAAGAGCGCAUCAACCAAAACUGUGUGGUACAAGGUGACUACAGGGAGGAAACUACAGCUGGUGGUAAAAACUGAUUCUUAUUAUAAUGUGAGAGAGUUCAGUGAUGAAUUUGUUAACCGUUCUUCAGUUAAAUUUGACAUGACUAACAAUCAUCUGACCAUAAAUAAAACAUCAUGGGAAGAUGUUGGAACAUACUUCUGUGGAGUCUUACACAUAAGUGAGGUUCAGUUUGGGUCAGGAACAUUUCUGAUGUUGACAGGUGCAAAGACAAUCAGCGACUCUGUCGUCCAGCAGCCAGAAUCAAAGUCAGUGAGGUCCGGAGACUCUGUGACUCUCAGCUGUUCUGUUCACUCUGCUCAAUGCACAGCAGAACUCACUAGUUUCAUGUGGCUGAAAAACUCAAAUCAUUCUGCUCCAGAGAUGAUUUAUUGCUCUGACAAUAAGAACAACAUCUCCCAGAGAACUGACAGAGGACGAACUACCUGCGAGUACAAGUUUGUCGUCAGGAGCCGGGAUGACGCUGGGGUCUACUACUGUGCCGUCAAUGCAUGUGGACAAAUACUGCUUGGAAAUGGGACCAAGAUUGAUGACAUCAAUGAUCACGAGAAUUUUUGUGUCCGUGAGAGAACACUGGCAUGCAUCAUCAUCAUCAUCAUCAUCAUGGGUGUUUAUCUGGCUUUCGCUGUGUGCAUGAUCAAGUUUAACUCAGGAUUUUCACCUCUGUCCAAGGUUCGAGGUGAAGAAAACCUCAAAAUCAAGAGAUCAAAUGAACAGAGAGAUGGUAUCUGGAGUGAAUGUGUGUACUCCAGGGUGAAGCUACACUGAACUGAAGCCGUUACGACUUUGAUGCCACAUGUCUAGACAUGAACUUAUUACUGUAGCUUUGAAAUGUUUAGGCUGUUCUCUAGCUCUUUCUAACAUUAUCCUGCUCGAUCGAUUUAAAGCCUGCUCUUUUUUUUCGUUUUGUUUUUUGUUCUAAGUAUAAAGUUUCUUUUUAACCGACUUUACUUAUAUUUUAUAUUUUGUAAGACAGAGGCAUGUGAAAUGAAAGCUCACAUGCUGAUGUAAUUUUUUGCUCGCUGUCCCUCUCUCUCUCUCUUUCUAUCAUUUCUACAUGAUAGAUUUUUUUUAUCAUUAACACAUAUCAUGCCUUUAAAAAAGCAUUUUCAGCUUUUCAUGCAGCGUAUCUCACUGUUUUACUGUUAGCACUGAGUUUGUAAAUUGUGUGUUUUUAAACUGUUGGUUUAAAAUUGAUUGAAUUUUGUCAACAGAAUAAAUAUCCCUGUAAAAACAAUAUUUAAAAGUAGAUUUUACAAUCAGAUAAGGUAAGGGACUGUCUAAAGCUAAAACAAUAAUGAUCAUUUUAAAAUCGCACCGUCUUGCUAUUGUUGUGUUAUUCAUGUUCUACAAUACAGAGCCAUGUGCCAAAAAAUGUUGCGAAACAUUAUAAAUCGUUGCGGAAAUACUAAAAAAG